AUGGGGCUACUAUUUUCGAAGUUGUACAAUCUCUUUUCUACAUUGCCACAAGCAAGAAUUUUAAUGGUGGGUCUGGAUGCUGCAGGGAAGACGACGAUUUUAUACAAAAUAAAAUUGAACGAAACUGUGUCAACAAUUCCGACAAUUGGUUUCAACGUCGAGACGGUAUGUCCUAUGAAGGGCGUACAAUUUACUGUCUGGGACGUUGGAGGUCAGGAAAAGAUAAGAAGACUUUGGAAACACUAUUAUCAAAAUACCGACGGAUUAAUAUUUGUCGUGGAUAGUUCAGACGUUUGCCGAAUGGAGGAGGCAAAGGAGGAACUGAUGAACAUUUUAGAAGAUGACGCGAUGAAACACGUUCCUGUCCAAAUUAUUGCCAAUAAACAGGAUUUACCAGGAGCACUGAAACCGUAUGAAAUUGUUGAAAGAUUGUCUUUGAAUAAACUGUUAACAAGCAACCAGUGGCAUGUUCAAGGUGCAUGCGCGCCCCAAGGGGAGGGUCUUUACGAAGCACUCGACUCCAUGGGCUCCAUGGUCAAGCAGUCAAGAAAACGACAGUUUUGA